AUGCAGUUCGUACUGGACACGCCAUCGUGGCUGCUGCUUCGGCACAACGACCGCAUCACGAGCUUCUCGGUGUGCCUAAAGAUCCAAAGCCCCGUGAACUGCAGCACGCGCGCCGAAGUCCGCGUCAACUCGACUCUGCACGCCGACUUUCUCUCCUGUUUUCUGACAGCCAAAG